GCCUUGUCGAUUAUCGCCCAGCAGCUUGAGAUCUCUCCCUCACUCCUCAAUUGGCCGAAUUCGCCAUCGAUUUGUCCGGCAGUGACUCUGUCAUGGUCAAGAGCUGAAUCUUACACUUCAAUUCACAGACAGAAUAAAGGAUGACGGGCCUACAGACUCGCUCGGCCAUGUCUCUCCCCUUCACCCUCUCUGCGGCCUUUCGCAACCUUUCCCUCAACACCGCGAAGCGGUCCUUCUCCACGACACUGCCUGUACAGAAGACGCGAAAACUUCCGGACCAUAUCCCACCGUACCCGUACGGCCCCAACUAUGUCUUCAAGCAGUCCAACUCCGGUCUGUAUGCCGGCGCGAUGAUCCGAUUCGGCAACAAGAUCUCCGACGGCAAGAACGAAGGCAAGACCCGCCGAUCCUGGAAGCCCAACGUUCGCCGCAAGAAGAUCUGGAGCGAGAGUCUUGAGAAGUUCCUGUUCAUCAAGGUGACGAAGAAGGCACUAAGGACGAUCGAGAAGUGCGGCGGACUCGACAACUACCUCCUGGGCAACAGCCCGGCACGGAUCAAGGAGCUGGGUAUCUUCGGCUGGGAGCUGCGGUGGCAGGUGAUGAACUCGCCCAAGAUGCAAGAGAAAUUCGAAAUGGACAGGCUGCUCUUCAACAUCGAGAAGCCUCAGACCUUCGAGGAGUUUGUGGCGCAAAAGGAGGCCGAGAGAAAGAAGGCGGCGCUUGAUCUGACGAAUAUCAAGAAAUUGACGAAGCCUACGCUCAAUGAGAAGCAGUACUGAAAGGGGACACAAAGGAUUGAAGUCUUGAAUCUUGGGCUUGGAACCGUCUCGAAGCAUCCGAGGUUCAAGACCAGGGGAUGAGAACGUCUGUUGUAUUAUAUCUAUUUGCGAUCGUGGUCGACAGUCUUGCGCAGGCAGUGUCAGUGGAGUACCUCUAUCUUCCUGACUGCUCGUUGAAGAGAAACUCUAUGGCUGUCUGGCUUUGAUUUUCUUGCAUUGAUUACCAUGGACUUGCAUGUUCCGAUUUUUGUUUGUUGUAUUUAUACUUCAUAUCACCUUGGCCAAUGAUAUUAGAAUUUGACUACUGGUC